CGCCGGCAGGCCUAGGCCGCCGCGGGAGAGCAGUGGCAUGCCAUGUGGUCGCGGGGAGUAGCCUCGAAGAUGAGGACCUCACCGGGAAUGGGACGAUGCCGCGCAAGCACGAGCUAGAGGGGUGGCUGCUAGGUGCGGCGGCGGAGCAGUCCAACGCACGGCUCCAGUACUCGGUGCUCCGCCACGGAUUGCUCGCCGCCGUUGACGCGAGGCGGCUUCAGGACUCAGUGUUCUGGCAUGGCGUGCUCAUCGUCGAGGCUUGCCUCGGCGACCUCGGAGCCAUCGCCGAUAGGCACGGGUGCGGGGGGCGGUGCGCAGCCUCCUUCGCUUCUUCGCCGUCGCUGGCGCCUCUGCGAGCACCGAAGACAAACUUCACGGGUCCCUCCCAACCCCGGCGUGUUCCGCCUGGUCAACCACGGCGUCCCCCGCGACCUCACAGCCCGCCUGUUCCGGCUGACGCGCGACCUCCUCGACACGGACCCGGGGGAGAAGGAUCUGCCCGGCUACUUCGGGGGCACGCCGGUGCCGUCGCUCCGCGUCAAGGAGUACGUGGCGCACAUGGCGCGCAUCACCCGGAAGUUGUUUUACGCCCUGGCCGACGGCGGCGAGGAGCUCGCUCUCGACGCGGCGCAGAGGACGUCGUACCUGGAGGAGCACGGCGGCACCUUCCGGGCGUACCGCUACCCGGCGUGCGAUCCCGCGGGCCAGUACCUCGGGAUGGAGCCGCACACAGACAACUCCGUGAUGUCCAUCCUCAACAUGGACCUCGUCGGCGGCCUGAAGGUGCUAGUACCAGGUGGAGCACAGGGUGGUGGCGCCGCCGUCGGGAACUGAGCGUGUGUUGCCCCGUUGGGAGAGAUGCAACAGGCGCUGCGUUGUCCACGCGUGGGGAACCAACAACUCGCUAAUGACCUGAUUUUUGGGCAAACUAAUCACUUAAUAUGUUUUAUUAAAA